UGUCUAAACCCUCAGGGAGCCUGGGGAGGACCUGUGUCGUCUGUCAGUGUCCCCCUGGCAGUGAAGAGGCCACAGCAGAUGCCUGGGAUCUGGCUCUCUGGACACUUUUCCAAGCCCACUCCUCAGACACGUAUCCCCGAGCUGGGCCAUGGUGCUGGCAGAGGGAUCGGUCAUGCUGCUCCUGCUUGGGCUCUGGGCGCACCUGGAACCGGGCCAGAGCUCCCCUGGUCGUCCCUCGUGGCGCUAUGUUUCAUCUGAGGUGGUGAUUCCUAGGAAGGAGCUACACCAGGGCAAAGGUGUUCAGCUGCCAGGCUGGCUCUCCUAUAGCCUGCGUUUUGGGGGCCAAAGACACGUCAUCCGUAUGCGGAGAAAGAAGCUUAAUUGGCCCGGACACCUGCUAAUGAUGACUCAGGAUGACCAAGGAGCCUUGCAGAUGGACUAUCCCUACAUUCCUAUGGACUGCUACUACCUCGGCCACCUGCAGGACAUUCCUCUGUCUACCGUCACCAUUGACACCUGCUAUGGGGGCCUGGAAGGCAUCAUGAAGCUGGAUGACCUUGCCUACGAAAUCAAACCCCUUAGGGACUCCCACAGAUUUGAACACAUCGUUUCUCAGAUAGUGGCCGACUACAACGCCACGGGGCCCAUGUAUUCGCUGGAACACAAGGAGGAUAUGGACCCCUUCUUCUCUGAGGUGAACAGCACUGUGGCUCCCAGGUUCUCUGUUAUGAUGUACAGUGCCCAUAUGUUCCAUGUGAAGCAUCAUGUUCAAGUUACUAAUGGACUGUUUCAGGUAUUCACCAAUGUGUCAAAAACCGUCCAAUUUGUAAUGCAUUUGUACCAUGUUGUUGAUAAUAUUUUCAGAACUAUGUAUGCUGAGAUUUAUGUUUCUUACCUAAUCAUAUAUGAUCAAGCAGAUCCGGUAUCCCCUAUUGAUGACUAUAGGGUUCCAGGAAGUCCACUGCAUACUCUGUAUUACAAUGUGCUAUAUCUAGCUCUUUAUCCACACUCAGCCAUAGUACUUACACCAAGUAGGCCACAUGAAAGUGAGUAUGAACUUCGUGGGUAUUGGGUGUGUGGCCGUAGUGCAUAUAACUAUCUUGGAUACGCUGGCAGACAUUAUUUUUCAUUAGGUGUUGUAAUUGCACACCAACAGGCAAAACUCUUGGGUGUGGACCCUGACGAACCAUGGUGCGUUUGCAAUAGAAGAGCCACCUGUGUAAUGUACAGAUACCCUCAACUGACUGAUUCCUUUAGCAACUGUUCUUUUACUCAUGUUCAACAUAUAGUUGGGGCAAGUUCUUCAAGAUGCUAUUUUUCAGCCUUCCAUGACUACCGUAAUAAAACUCUACUUCAGGAACGUUGUGGAAACCGUAAGAUAGAGGGAAGGGAGAAAUGUGAUUGUGGCUCCUUCAAGCAGUGUCAUGCCAACAAAUGUUGUAAAGCCAACUGUGAACUCACACCUGGAAGUGUUUGUGAUAGAGAACAGUGCUGCACAAACUGCACCUACUCCCCUCUUGGGACUCUCUGCAGACCCGUCCGGAACAUAUGCGACCUUCCAGAGUACUGUCGGGGGUCCACCUUCACAUGCCCUGAUGAUUUUUAUUUGCAAGAUGGAACCCCAUGCACUGAAGAGGGCUACUGCUAUCAGGGGAACUGCACUGACCGCAGUAUCCACUGCAAAGAGAUCUUUGGUGAAGAUGCUCAGAAUGGUCACGACAGCUGCUAUCGGAUAAAUGAAAUAGGGUUCCGAUUUGGCCAUUGUUCUAGAAGGGAUACAUUUCGUGCACACACUGCAUGUAGUAGAGCAAACAACAAGUGUGGAAAGCUGCAGUGCAUCAACGUCACUCGGAUUCCCCAGCUGCAGGAGCACGUUUCAUUCCAUCAGUCUUUAUACGAUGGUGUCUUCUGUUUUGGGCUGGAUGAACACCUUGGGAAUGAAGCGAUUGAUGUUGGACACGUGAGAAACGGUACUCCCUGUGCUGAUGGGCUUUUCUGUUUUAACAGAGAGUGCAAUACGACUUUGGAUAAGUUGAACUAUGACUGUUCCCCUGAGAAGUGCAAUUUCAGAGGAGUUUGCAACAAUAAAAAGAACUGCCACUGCCAUGUGGGCUGGGAUCCCCCGGCGUGCCGAAAUACAGGUUCUGGUGGGAGUGUGGACAGUGGACCCCCUCUUAAAAGAGUGCGUACAAUAAGGCAAAGCAUGGCACCAGUGAUCUAUUGGAGAGUUGUCUUUGCUCGCCUUUAUUGCUUGAUUUUUGCUCUGCUCUUCGGGAUGGCCUCACGAGUACGGACAGUUAUGACUACCACUGUCAAGGAAGAAACAAUUCCUGAGAAACAGUAAAGUAUCAGUCAGCCUCCCGACCCCUGUAAAAUACAGAGCCUGUAGCAGGAACAUCUGUGAAAAAGAAUCAGUGCAAGAGACAGCAGCGCAGAGAUCAUGCAUCCUGCACACAGGGGUCGUUCUCCCUGUCGUGGGGGAGGCGGGAGGCCUAGGUUUCUGUCGGCAGUUCUCCCUGAUGGGUCACUGGUGCUCAGCUGAAUACAUCUUUGAGACCUCACGUUAUUGUCUUCACAUCCUUCCAUCAGCGUUAGGCGUCCAUAGGAGCCCAUGUCUCGGCCUGAAGUUGGACACCUGGGUCAGCAGCAGGGUGAGGCCUGAGCCACUCGUCCCAGGAUUAAUGAAGUCGUCCCCAGCUCCUUGAAGGAGACGUUCAGGACAUUUCUCCAAAAUAAUGUUCCUGGGCUUGCGUUUCUCCUCCACUUCUGAGUAAACUCUCCUUUCCUGAAUCCAGAAUGAGUUUAGGCCUCCCAACCAAAGUCUCCCAUUCCGCACUAGAGUGGCUGUGAGCAUUGGGACAGAGGGAUGGGGGCUCAAACCCAUCACCAGGCAAAAGCUGUGCCAACCUGGGGCACAGAUCCCUCCGUGAGAGGCGGCAUGUGAGGAGGCCUGACUGCAACAACUGUCCUGGCCUGGGAGGGAGCAGACGGCCAGGGUGAAAAGCCAGCCUGGAACCUGGGCCGCUGAGGGCACACGGCUCAUGGUGUGAUUGGGGUGGGAGCCAUCCUAGCUGUGCAUGCAUUGUCCAGCACGGUUUCUUCCUGUUACCCUUCAUCUCCUCCUGGGACAGGUCCACUCCCAGUGCCGCUGUAUCCCAAAUCCUCGUGCUGUGUUUGUGCUUCAUGCUGCCUCGAACCUAAGCGUCAGACUCCAAGCUCACUCUCAUCUUCUGCUUGCUUACGCUCUGGUGGAUCCAGCUGCUAUACUGUCCCUGUCUC